AAAUCGACCGGAAUCGACCGGAAUCGUUCCGAAUCGUCCGGAAUCGUCCGGAAUCGACCGGAAACAUCCGAAAUCGACCGGAAUCGACCGGAAUCGUCCGGAAUCGUGCGAAAUCGUAGUCAAUCGAUAGUAGUGAAUAGUAGAGCCGAUUCCGACUGUUCUGACGAUUCCAGACGAUUCAAGUUCACGUUCCGGCCGCGCAUAUGUCAAUGCUGUCUGUUGUACAUUUAAGCCAGGAAUGUCGCGCACUGAGUUCCUCAAUAUCGUUCGACAUGCACGCUAGCUUCUUGUGUUACUGUUUGUAUCUAUUUGUAUUAGGUUAUGCACUGAAUUCCGGAAUUCCGACUAUUCCGACGAUUCCAGACGAUUCCGGUUAAUUACGACGAUUCCGGACAAUUCCGGGCGAUUCCGGUCGAUUCCGGUCGAUUCCAGACGGUUCCGGACGGUUCCAACGACUCCACACGAUUCCGACGAUUCCGACGAUUCCAGACGAUUCCGGACGAUUCCGGGCGGUUCCAGCUUGUCGGAUUGAACCUAACCUUCGGAACUGGGUCCGAAAUUUGUUGGAAUCGUCCGGAUCCAGUUCCGCUUUUUUGUGCAUUUUGCCCAACUCUAGUUUAUACAUUAUUUUAAUGGUACCUAUAGUCUUCGUGCAAUCAGGCUUACAUAUUUAGCAUAUUUUUAGGUUGUCCAUCAUCGUUAUUUCCGGUAGGGCAAAUUUAUCAAAACUAUACUUAAAUACUAACCAGUGUUUGGUGUAAAAAAACAUUCUCAAUAGAAGUUUUUUUUAAUAAAUACGCAUUUGGUCGUUUUACUAAGCUAUUAGUAUUUUGUAUAGAAAUGAAUUGUAUGGAAAUGGAAAUGAUAAACUGUCGUUGUUAAAACUCCAGCCUUUCCAAAUUGCAGUACUGAUCUAGUUGUUCUACCUUGAUUCAGUUGCCCUGAUUUUAACCAAUUUUAUCACUGUAACAACCUGACAAUUGGUCUUUUUAUUCUUCUUUAUGGCUCAACAACCGUUGUCGGUCAAGGCCUGCCUGUACGCACGUGUGGGGUUGGCUUUCAGUGAUUUUUUGGAUUACCCCCCAUAGCAGGAUAGUCAGUCCUACGUGGCAUGUUGUUAAGUCGUGCGAGUUGACGACUGUACCAUGAGACCGGCAAAUUGACAAUUGGUCUAGUACAUCUAAAAGGCAUAUUUGAAAAGCCUUUGGAAAAAACAGAAUUUAACUCAUUUGUGUUUUUGUAUUUUAGAUCAAAGUUUGCAAUUCAGCUCGUUCUUAAAUAUCUGCGAAUAUCUGUUUCAUAGAUACAUAAAAAUUGCCUGAAAACCAAGUGUCCGACAAUCAUUAUACUGUACUUGCGUAUUUGUAGACUUUUCGUCCUUGCAAUCGAGAACAUAGACAAAGUUCUUUAGAAAUUUAAAUUAAACUUCCCAGAGGCUUCUACAUACUUGCUCGUCAUGAGAGGUAAUAUGGAAAAGUGCGAAAGUAUGUCAAGUUUGUCUAGGCUUUCAAAAAUUAUCUCCAAAGUUCGUAACAACUUUUGAUUGCUAUAAACAUUAUCAACACAUUCCACACACUUACUUGUAAGAAUGUAUUACUUUGAGAAAAUUUUAGUUUUCCGUUCACAUCUGCAUUAAUAACAAAAAAAACAAUCGCUUAUAAAAGUGAACUAACAUGUGGAGGUUUAGCUCGGGGCCCAGUUUAAGCCGCCCCCCCGCGGCCGCUCAGUCCGCUAAUAGGAAUCAUUUAUCACUACAUCGUGUAAUAAUUGACAUGUGUCCCAAAACCGCUUUGUUAUAAAUGAAGCCCGCACAAAGUUCAUCAUCCCUGGUCUAGAACAAUAGUCUUAAAUCUUUUCGCAUGCUUUCGCUCUUUUAAUUUUAUUAAAAUACUAUCUUCGCUUGCCUUCUUCUGGGGCUGCAAACUCAAGAGGAUCUUCAACAGUCGAAAAGGUGUUUUAAUACGGUGGAACCGCUCAUAACGGGCAAAUCUAAAUGGUCAACAAAUAAUAAGCACCAUCUCGCAUAACGAGCACUAUCAUUUGUGUUCCUGGUGCGUUUUUUUGGUGCCUAUGUGAAAUCAAUGAUCACGUUCGGUAAAUAUUGAGCAUUUCUUUGCGCAGCUGCGAUACUAAUCAUUCGUUUUAUAUAAAAAAAAAUUGCCUAGCGGAAACGUCUCGUAAAACUGUUGAAAGCAAGAGGAUACUCAUUAAACAGAGAGUCUACUAUUAAAAAAAUAUUUGAAUACCUUAUUUGCGCUGAAGAAUUUUUACCCGUUGGUGAUGGAAUUGAAGAAUUUUAAAUGGUGAUGAAACUAGUUUACUUAAACUGAAGAUGAAGGUGAAGUCUUGUUGGAAAUGUUUAACAGUGGAACACACUGUAGGGAUUGAGAUAGGACAGGGAAAUAAUAAUAAUAAUAAUAAUAAAUAAAAAAAAGGAAGCAAGUGAUGAACUAAUAUAUCAGUUGAAUGAGAAGGAGUAAUACUGAUGGGAACGGUUAAUAAUAAUAUUCAAAACAAAAAUUGAAUUACCCUUGCAAGAAAAUAUUUAAUCAAGCAAUUUGCUUGAAAGGGCGAAAGAGCGUCAAGCGCAAAACAGGCCGGGCGAAACUGGAAAGUAAAGGAAGUUGGGGAAGACGGACGUUAGUCUUGUGGUUGAUCAAUUGAAGCAAGGUUGUGGGGAGGUUUAAAGCGAGGAAAUAAAGAAAAAAAGUUUGAUAAAAGUAAAAAAAAUAGAUAAAAGUGAAGAAAAAUGUCCAUCGAUCACGACAAUGGCGCAAGUCGCAUGACACAGGCCAACAUUGAUGCAUUAACGGAGGCUUUAUUAGCAGAAAAAAACAAGAAUGCCCUCUUGGAGAAAGAACUUAAGGAAACUCGUAAAAAGAUCCGGCAUAACACCUGGAUAGAAGAACCUUCGGAAAAUCAACCGUUUGACCCCGAACCAUACGGGUCCUCGACAAUGAUCCAAACACCAGUACAGUCUACUAACGAACUUUCGAUGCUUACGUCGAUGUCAUUCGCCUCGUUACAAGUUUCCACUUGUACUCCCAAGGAAGGAGAGGAAGUGGAUAAAAAAUCCUUCGAACGAUGGAAGGAACAGCUCGAAGCAGCAAUGAAAUUUGCAGGCAUUUUUAACGAAAACAUGAAAAUGAAUGCUUUCAAAAUGAAAGCAGGUUAUUCCUUAUUAGAUACUCUGGAAGCUACAUCACCGAAUGAUUCAUCGAGCGAUGCACAGUUAUUCCCGUAUACUAAUGCAAUGGAAAGGUUGCAUAAAUACUAUAGCUCACACGAUUACGUUUUCCUACAGCGACAAAAAUUACGUUCUAUGAAUCAGAAUGACGGCGAGUCCGAUUUAACAUACGUAAAGAAAAUAAUUGACCUAGCAAAGCUCUGCAAUUACAAAGACAACCAAUUGAUAGAAACAGUAGUCGACGUGAUCCAAGCACAUGCUACUAAUCCAAGAGUCCGUAAGACAGGAAUAAAAGUUCUAAGGAAACGUGGAUCAAUAACAGAUCUUUUGGACAAAGUGCGAGAAUGCGAAAUGGAACAAAUGAACGAUAUAAAUUUCGCAAGGACCCACCAGCAAAACUCACAAGUCCAACCAUCAACACUAGUGGCCGCCGUGUCCAACAGCUCUUACCAUAACAAUGGGCCUCGUAUGGGAGGAUUCCAUCGCGGUAACUCACUGUACCAUCAGAAAUAUUGGGGCAUGCAAAGCGGAAGAGAAACAUCUAGACUAACACCAUCGCGGUUUUCAUCAAAUAGACCUUCCGGAGGUCGUCGCGAACCAUGUGGAAGAUGCACUAGCAACUAUCAUUCUUCUGAGAACUGCCACGCCAUCAGCAAAAGAUGUCGCAACUGCCACACCGUAGGGCACAUCGAACGUGCAUGCCGUCAGGGGAUUCAGGAUAAAACCAAACGUCGCGCAGAGGAAGAAGAAGCAGGAUCACCAGCAAUUAAGACCCGGAAGAUCGCGGCAAUUAUGGACAGCAAUAACACGCCCGAAACAACCAGUGAUAAAGAGAUCGAUAUGAUGAAAGUGGCGAGUAAAGACAGCUAUUUACAGUUAACAAAGUCCCCUGAACAGACAACCGCUAUAAAUAAUGACCAGUUGUGCUCAGUCGAGAAGGGAAUCGACAACGAAGGCUUUAUUGUCGGAUAUGUCGCAGGCGUUCCUGUGAAUUUCAUGAUUGACUCCGGAGCGGACGUGAACACAGUAGCUGAGGAUAUUUAUGAAGAGUUAAGAGCAAGUGACCCUAGAACGAACCCGAUAUACAAUAUAAAAGAUGGAACCGAUCGGACAUUGAAAGCUUACGGGGUACAGAAGGAAAUUCCUGUGGUUGCUUCCUUCAUAGCCGAGCUCUACAUAUCUGAAGAACGCCCAAGAUCUUUAGAAAAAUUCUACGUUAUUGCAAAAGCAAAGCCUUUGCUUAGUAGAAGUACAGCAAUUAGAUAUAGCGUGCUGCAAUUGGGCUUGAACGUGCCAGUAAAAUGUUGCGCAUCACAAAUCUAUAAUCGGUUGUUACCGGGAGAAAUACUGGCGAUAUCAAUGUCGGGAGAAUUCCCAAAAUUCAACGUUGCUCCUGUAGUUCUCUCAUACGAUCGAAGCUUACCACCAUCUCGAAACGUUUUUACCAAUAUACCGAUCGCUUUCAGAAACGAAACAGAAAAGCGUUUAGAGAAUCUCUUAUCCUCCGGGAUUAUAGAACGCGUAAAUGAACAAAUGGACAAGUCUUUUUGCUCGUCACUCCUGGUAGUACCGAAGGGUAAAAACGACAUCCGACUAGUCGUUGAUCUUCGAGGACCAAAUAAAUGUAUCGUAAGAUCGCCGUUCAGAAUGCCAACGUUGGAAGCGAUACUAUCAAAACUAAACGGGGCAUCAUGGUUUUCGACCAUAGAUUUGACUAGUGCCUUUUUCCACGUUGAGCUCCACGAAUCCUGUCGUCUUCUAACGAAUUUCUUCGCUGGUAACGGUACUUACCGUUUCAAAAGAUUGCCGUUCGGAUUAUGCAACUCACCAGAUAUCUUCCAGGAACUUUUACAAACCGUUGUCCUGCCCAGGAGUCCUUAA